AUGCUCAAUCCUGUCAACCUCGACGUCAAGCCCGUCGCGAUGGCUGACCGCGUGCCCAUGACCAAUGCUCAGCGCAUCGCGCGCGGCCUAGGGCCCAACAGACCACGCUUUCGCUCGUCGGCACGCUUGGCUCCUCGUGCCUCAUCCCUGCCGGACCCGAACCCGAACCGGUGCACGACCGUCGCAGGCCACAUUCGCGUUACUGGAACUGGCAUCGAAACCAACUCCUUUGUCUCGCGCAACCCCAAUCCGUUCGGCGAGUACGGCAUUACUGAGGGCACUGGAGACGCGCUCCUCGUCCAGUAUAUUGACUGCAUGGUCGCCAUGGGUUCACUCGAUCUCGUCACACUCAACGGUAUUGCGGACUUCACAUACCUUGGUGGCAUAACCGGCUACGCGAGCUCAUCGGGUGAUCUUGCGAGAGGGUCCGACAACUACGUAUAUCUCGGCGGGACGACUCAGAUCGCUCCAAACGCACGCCCCGCUUCUGGAGCCAACUCUUUCACGUUCACGACCGGCGAACACGAGGACAUCGAGAGUGCCAUCUGGCGCAUCAACGCUUCCACGGGCGCAAUCACGGCGCACUGGGUGAACCCGGAUGGCAGCCUUCCGACCACGACAAUCGCAUAUUAUGCUCCGGAGAACUUCCUCCUGCUCACCGGCGACGACGCGGCAUUCGCUCGCACUUACGGGACGACUCCUGUUGUGACAUUGACAUUCGUUGAAGCGUGA